AUGAAUCAGUAUGAAUUGCAGGAAUGGAUCAAUGCUUGUCGUUGCUACGACAACAGGGACUAUGACAAGGCCCUUCGGAUAUUCAUGACCAUAGGCGACAACGCAAAGAUGCAUUUCAAUAUUGGCGUCAUCUUUAGCAUAAUGCAAGAUCAUCACCGAGCUCUGGCUGCAUUCAAAAAAGCACUGAAGAUGGAUCCAUUCCUUGCUGUUGCAUGUUUCCAGAAAGGUGUGUCACAUUUCGCCCUUGGAGAAAUGGAUCAGGCAUGCCAAGCCUUCGAUCUCGCACAAAAGAAAUUGCGUGGUAAUCCCAUCAUCAAUUAUCAUCAACUUGGCUUGGCUUUUCGAUUAUACGAAUGCGAGGUGCUAUUCAACCGAGGCAUUUGUCAUCUCAACAUGGGGAAAAUUGAUGCAGGGUUGACCGAUCUCUAUUUUGCUCAAAAAGCCAAAAUGACCGAGGAGCAUAGCGUAGUCGACCAAGCAAUCCGUGACCGUGGAGAUGGAUAUUCAGUAUACUCGAUCCCGCCUGGUGUCCUCUUUAGACCCCCUGAAUACAAGGUUCAACAACUACGCGGAGGUGGAUACACUGGCACGGCUGCAUGUGGAGGUGCCAAGCGCAAUAACAACUCUAUCUUGGUACCACCGGUGCAUCAACACCAUUGGACACAACAUUUGCCAAUGAUUGAUACCACUCACAGGAAGCCAACAACAACAAAAUCAAGAGCAACAACAGAGGAUGUAGCAACAACACACAAAGCACGUCGACCUAAGCGACCCCCAGCUGCACCACCCCUGUUUGAAAAUGAACGAGGUAUGCUUCAGGAACAACAACAACAACAACAACCACUGUCACCACCAUUAUCACCGCCACCACCAUCAAAAACUACUACCAAACCUACCGAGAUGCAGGGAUGGAAAUUUGUCGAUCAGCGACAGCAACAGUCAAAUCCACAACCCGCUGUAACGCGACAACCAUCACUUAGCAACACCCAAAACACUGGAUGGCUUCGACCCGAGGUGGAGAAGAAACUUUUGCAUGACAACACCACAUCACAUCAUUUACAAUCACCAUUAUCUAUACCCAAAGUCCAUCAUAACAACCAUCCAUAUCAUGUCAAUGUUGCCAUGGAUACCAUGAGUAGCUAUGGUGAUGCAUUGGACGAAGAGCUUGAAAAAGUCUAUGCAAACCUUGAUGCCUACCUCAAGAAUGACCUGGUCAGUGAUGCUGAACAAAGUACAAGUAGCAGUAGCAGUAGUAGCAGAAGUACCAGUGAUUCAUCGACACAAUCAACACAGCAACAAGAUACUAUUACUAAUACGAGGAAACCGGUGGUGCAGCACAAUCAACACAACGAGCUACCUUGCUCAAUGAAAAAAGAGAAAAGCAAUACUUCUACGCCAUCCAAGCUCAAGAUCAAAGCGCAUUAUCAUGACACACGCGUGCUUGUGGUACCAGGCGAUAUACAAUUUGAUAAUCUGCUGGCCAGAAUACGAGUCAAGUUUGAUUCAGCACAACCACUUCGAUUACAAUACAAGGAUGAGGAAAAUGAGCUGGUGCUCAUGAUUGAUCAAGAUGACCUUGCCAUGGCUCGUCAUAUCGCCCAACUACGUAGCAAUCACAAAACAUCGCAAUCAUCAAGCGGUUUGGAAAAAUUGGAAUUGUGGUGCCUUGCAUAG